GCUUGAUCCCCCCCAGGAUAUAAGGCCAUUGCGCAAGUUCCUACCCGGACACUCUCCCCGCCUCUCUCUCCUCUCCGUCUUCCACUCCGGGGUAUAUAACCCAACGAUAUCCAGCUUCCUGCGAGUUCACAAGUGACUUUCCCGCGAGUCUCCGCCCCGAUCAUCUCCCUCGUCCUACUAGCCAACAGAGCGUUCGCCCAUUCGAGAGCCUCGGUCCCGCCCUCUCUCCCUUGCACGAACGACGACGACGACCUGCUUCCAGCCCUUCCAUCUGGACCAGUCCUCUUACAACCCAGGAACGUUACAAGCCACCCUGAGUGGCACCGUCAAGGGUGCCGCUCUUGGGGGGGAAGGGAAUUCGCUACGACGAUUGUCUGACAAGCCUAUCGCGCAUUCCUAGGCCCUUGUCACACCACCCUCCAAAAUCCUUUUAAUUUAUCGCUGAUUGACCGGUGUGCUCUUGUGGUAUCCGCAGCCAUGUUCGUCCUUCCCCCACCUCCGCCUCGCUAUACCGUCCCCGUCGCCUAUGCGGCCGGGGCGUCGAAUGGCAUGGCGGUGCCAGUUGUAGAGACCAACAAUAUCAUCAGCCAUCCUGAGGGUGGCUGUCCCUUACAAGCCGGAGAAGGCACUUACCUCCUCCGAGAUGACCUACACUUAGCCACCCCUCCUCCACAUCCCUCCGAAGCCCCCGUCAUGAAUCCCAAUCCACUUGCGACCGUUCCGGCGCCUCCGACAUCAGGUGUCAAGCUCUCGCUGGUUAGCAUCGGUAGCCGGCUCAAGACCCCCACACCCUCCGUGGAUGGCACAGGCGCAGCAUCUUUAUUUGGAGAUGGCAAUCCAGCUCUCGCGGCACCACCUGUGAAGGAAGGGUUGAAGAGGAGGAAACCGAAGAACAAUAUCAUAAAGAGCAGCUCGUCAUUCGUCUCGCGGGUCAUUACGCAUGAGACAGCAACCAAGCGAUUGAACGAUCGGAAUCCGGAUGGCCUUUUUGCCUUUGCAAACAUCAAUCGUGCCUUUCAGUGGCUGGAUCUCAGUGCUAAGCAGAAGGAAGAGCCCGUCACCAAGAUACUGUUUACCAAAGCGCACAUGAUAAGCCACGAUAUCAAUGAGCUAACCAAGAGCACAUCACACAUAGAUGUUGUCAUGGGUUCCUCGGCUGGAGACAUUAUAUGGUACGAGCCAAUGUCUCAGAAGUACGCACGUAUCAACAAGAACGGUGUUGUCAACAAUUCUCCUGUGACGCAUAUCAAAUGGAUCCCCGGCUCAGAGAAUCUGUUCAUGGCUGCUCAUGCGAACGGACAGCUGGUGGUAUACGACAAGGAGAAAGAAGACGCUCUUUUCACACCAGAACUGGGCAGUCCGUCGGCUGAAACGAUGAAGUCGUCGUCGGGGCGGCAGCCACUGCAAAUCCUGAAGUCGGUCAACUCGAGAAAUCAAAAGACCAAUCCGGUUGCGCUGUGGAAACUCGCCAACCAGAAAAUCACGCAAUUCGCCUUCUCGCCGGACCGCAGACACUUGGCUGUUGUCUUAGAGGAUGGAUCGUUACGAGUUAUGGAUUACUUGAAGGAAGAGGUUCUGGAUAUUUUCCGCAGUUACUACGGAGGGUUAAUAUGCGUCUGCUGGUCGCCGGACGGAAAAUAUAUAGUAACCGGAGGCCAAGACGAUCUUGUAACGAUCUGGUCGUUACCAGAGCGCAAGAUUGUCGCACGUUGCCAGGGCCACAACUCAUGGGUCUCUGCGGUAGCUUUUGACCCAUGGCGCUGCGACGACCGUACUUACAGGUUUGGUAGCGUUGGUGACGAUUGUCGGUUGCUGCUAUGGGAUUUCAGCGUGGGCAUGCUGCACCGACCGAGAGUACAUCAAGCCAACGCCCGCCAACGCACCAGCAUGAUCGUCUCGAACACGCAACACCUCAACCGUCACCGAGCUGAUAGCGGAGGAAACCGAACGCGAUCCGAUUCUCAGGAGACCGCAGAUACCUAUAAUAGUUAUGAUCCGACCGUUCGUCAUCCGGUGGAACCCAGAGCACGAACCGCCCUCUUACCACCGAUCAUGUCCAAAAUCGUUGGUGAAGACCCUAUCUGCUGGCUAGGCUUCCAAGAAGACUCCAUCAUGACAUCUUCACUCGAAGGCCACAUUCGCACCUGGGAUCGUCCCCGAGAAGGCAUCAACGACAAUUACAGUUAUUCGCCUGCGAUCAGUGCCAGUGCCACCGGGUCUGGUCGUGCUGACUCGAUGAUGGGAUCACUGUGAACAUUACUAUGACCCCAGGAUCGGCCAACUAUCAAAGUAGUUCACAAUCUCGUAGCUGCUCUGUAAAUAUGUAUGUAAACAACUAUCGAAUUAGGAAAUAUACCCAUG